GCCGAAGCGCUCGCAGGGAGCCGCGGACUGAACCGCUGCGACUCACCCGAUGAGCCGAGGAGGAUGGGCAUGGAGUGGAGAGGACAGCACAUAUGUGAGAUGAUCUUUGCCAUCUCCAAAAGGCUGAUAAAUGACAUCAAUGGAGACUCGUUGGAAAGAACAUUUGGAGCCUCACAGCAGCUUCUUGUCUUUUCUGCAUAAAAUGAUUUUUCUCUAAACCCAUUUUUAAUCUUACAUUAAUAUCAAGCAACCCAGAUGCAGCCUUAUGAAACAUUGCCAGACACACUGUCGCCAAUGGCUUGGAUGCUACUUGAUAUUCACCAACCUACGCACACAUAAAUGCUUAAUGAUGCCUUCAAAAGUGUCAUGCCUGUACGUGUUGACAGUUGUUUGCUGGGCAGGAGCGCUGUGGUAUUUAAGCUUAUCCAGACCAACAACAUCAUAUGUUGGCCAGCUGAAUGUGCCUGCAAACAAAAACAUUAAGGUCCAAAAAAAUGCCAACACUACAUUCACCAACAUUCGAACACGCUCGCUAAACCCCCAUGAUUUCGAUUUCAUCAUUAAUGAACCCAAAAAGUGCGAGACCAACGUGCCGUUUCUCGUGAUCCUUAUUAGCACAACGCACAAGGAGUUUGACGCACGACAGGCGAUUCGAGAGACGUGGGGGGAUGAGAGCACAUUUAACGACCUUCGCAUCAUCACACUCUUCCUGCUCGGUCGCAGCACAGAUAACAUGCUUAAUGAAAUGGUGGAGCAAGAGAGUCAGAUCUUUCAUGACAUCGUGGUGGAGGAUUUUGUGGAUUCCUACCAUAAUCUUACCCUGAAAACCCUGAUGGGAAUGCGAUGGGUGGCAACGUUUUGCAACCAGGCCAAGUAUGUGAUGAAGACGGACAGCGACAUCUUCGUCAACAUGGACAAUCUGGUCUAUAAGUUAUUAAAGCCGGAUACCAAGCCCAGACGGAGGUACUUUACAGGCUACGUCAUAAACGGAUCACCUAUUCGGGAUAUGCGCAGUAAAUGGUACAUGCCCAGAGACUUGUACCCAGAGAGCAAGUACCCACCGUUCUGCUCUGGCACAGGAUAUGUUUUCUCAGCAGAUGUUGCUGAGCUGAUCUAUAAAACUUCCCUUCACACCCGGCUACUCCAUUUGGAGGACGUUUACGUGGGGGUUUGCUUGAGGAAGCUCGGUAUUCAUCCGUAUCAGAACAGUGGCUUUAAUCACUGGAAAAUGGCUUACAGCCUCUGCAGGUACCGUCGGGUCAUCACCGUGCACCAGAUUUCACCUGAGGAGAUGCACCGGAUCUGGAAUGACAUGUCCAGCAAGAAACAUCUGAAGUGUUAGUAACGCCUGUGGGGCAACCAUCCAUCUCUGGCCAUUUUAUAUACAGGGCAUAAAACAUGUGCAGCUCUGGAGAUUAUCCAGUGUUCUGCUCAAGAAACAGAUUUAAUAUUUCCUCACCUUUAAAUCAUCAAGAUCUAGAUGCCCGGAAUGCCCUGCUGGCAUUUAAAUAUGAGCUACACUGAUGAAUAAACAGUGUCGUUUGAGUGUUAUUUUGGUGCCAGUGAAAUUGCAUCAAGUGAAAAUGCACCAUGCUGUAUAUGAGUAUGAGUACCUUAAUACUAAUUCAUACAUAAACAGUCAUCGGCUUCAGUUACCAUCCACACCGAGCUGGAUAAAAGAAAAACAUGAAUGUCCUUGAAGAUUUUCAUUCAUUGCCUAUAGUUGUGUAAGAUACAGUAUAAUUAAAAGUUAGUGUUGAUACGUUCAGCACAUGAACUGUUAAGCUUAUGUUAUUAAAAAUGUUCCAAAAGAUGCUUAUAUUUGUUUACAUAUAGCUGUUUUUGUAUUUAUUAUUUUGUAUUUUUUCCAGAAAAAAUGUCCAUAUAUAUAUAUAAUUCUGCAUAAUAACAACUAUAACAAUUAUUUUCAAUAUUUCUGUAGCCAAUGCUUAAUAACAUCCUUACAUCUGGUCCAGUAGGCUCAUAUUUGUUACUGCAUAUUAUAUAUUGAUUACUCAGUAUUAAGUAUCAUAUAAAGCACAUUUACUAUAUUUGGGGAGGAAGGAUUACAAAUUACAUUACAAAUUUUACAUACUUAUUUAAUUGGACGUUGUACAGAACAAUGGUAAUCUAAUAUUUUCUAGAACUUGUGUGGGUCAAAAGUUGAUUUUUCCAGUGUAUAUUUUUUUAUUGACACAUUUCAAGCAAACUGUGACAUUUCAUUGUGAAAAGCAUA